AAAAAACCCCUGCGUAGUAGCGGGAGCUCACCGUCAGCUCGCUUUCCUCUUCCCCCUCUCUCGCAAACGAGGCCUGCCCAGAAUCCCAAAACCCCUCGCCAGUUUAUGUGUUGAGCUAAUUUUUUUGCGAAACAAAGCAAGUUGGUUUCUGGGAUAGUCGUAUUUCAGAGUGAAAAAACUAAGAUAUUGAGACAUGGCAAGCCAAGCAGCUAGUUCUUUCAAUGGCAAUAUGAAGAAAGCACUUGCUGGCUUGAGACGCAUCAAUUUGGAAGGUCUGAGGUGGAGAGUGUUUGAUGCAAAAGGCCAGGUUCUUGGGAGACUGGCAUCUCAAAUAUCUACCGUGGUUCAAGGCAAGGAUAAGCCAACAUAUACACCAAAUCGAGAUGAUGGGGAUAUGUGCAUCGUGCUUAAUGCUAAGGAUAUCUGUGUCACAGGAAGAAAACUCACUGAUAAAUUUUAUCACUGGCAUACUGGGUACGUUGGCAACCUCAAGGAAAGAAGUUUGAAGGAUCAGUUGGCCAAAGACCCUACAGAAGUCAUUCGGAAAGCUGUAUUGCGCAUGCUUCCAAGAAACAAACUGCGUGAUGAUAGAGAUAGGAAACUGAGAAUUUUUGCUGGAGAUGAACACCCUUUUGGCGACCGCCCACUUGAGCCCUAUAUCAUGCCACCUCGAAAUGUAAGAGAGCUGCGUCCUCGUGUAAGACGAGCCAUGAUUCGAGCACAGAAAAAGGCUGAACAACAAACAAACGGCAGCAAUGAGUCAAGGAAAAGUAGAAAGAAAGAAGAGAAGGUAGAAGUAAUUGCGUAAACAGGAUUAAAUUCCUUCUGUUCUAAUGGAGUUUGUGUGGAUCAUUAGCCAUGGAAGAUCUGAAGUAGUUUUGAAUUCAUUUAAUUACAUCAGGGUUGCCUUUUUAUUUUCCUUGGGAGGUACCAAUUGGAUUUAUAUCAUUUGUAAAGAUUUGAUGUGAGGUUUGUUCAAAGCUUGGAUUUCCAUGGGAACUUAUUCAACUCCUUUGUCGAGAUUUGUAGCUUUUGCUUGAGAUUCAAUUAAAUCAAGUUCACUUGAAUUA